ACUCGACGAGGAGCCCGGCGAGGUCAUCGAGUCAGCCCCACCCCUCAGCGUUGGCGAAGAGAGGGCCAUCCGCCGCGGCCGGCGUUGGACUCAGGAAGAAGCUUCUCAAGGGCGGCCGAGGAUGGGAGACCCCUUUCCUUGGCGAUGAAGUCACGAUUCAUUAUGUGGGUUUGAUGAAAGAUGGGACGCAGUUCGUCUCGACGAGAGAGGAGGCGGAGCCUCAAACUAUCAAGCUUGGUCACAGGGAGUUAUUUACUGGGUUGGAUGAUGGUAUUUCGACUAUGAAGAAGGGAGAGUUGGCAUUGUUCACAUUGUUGUUGAAGCCUGGACAUGGGGAUCUUGGUGUCCGGUGGAGCAUUCCUCCGGGUUCCGAAGUUCAAUUUGAGGUGGAAUUGGUGUCAUGGCUGACGGUUGUGGAUGUGUCGAAGGAUGGUGGGAUUGUUAAGAAAAUUCUUGUUGGAGGGGAUGAUGUACAAACUGGCGAUCUCGAUGAAGUUCAAGUCAAGUAUCAAGUCAGGUUAGUCGAUGGAUCACUACUUGUGGAGAGUCCAGAAGAAGGAUUGUGGUUUCAUAUCAAUGAAGGUCAUCUUUUACCAGCAUUUACAAAGGCCGUGAAGACUAUGAAAAGAGGCGAGAAGGCUGUUGUAACUGUUCAACCACAAUAUGCAUUGGGAGAAGGGAAAGAGCGCAAUAAUGGAUUUACCGCUAUUCCUUCAAAUUCUGCAGUAGUUAUUGACAUCGACUUGCUAUCAUUAAAGCCUGUUCUUGAUGUAACUGGCGAUAUGAAGGUCCUUAAAAAGAUUUUGAGAGCAGGAGAAGGUAUUCGCAGACCGAACAAUGGAGAAACCGUAUACAUUAGAUAUACUGCUUUGCUGGAAGAUGGUACCUUAUUUGAGAAAGUGGGCUUCGACGACAAACUCUUUGAGUUUGCUGUAGAUGAAGAGGAGGUAAUUGCUGGAUUAGAUCGAGCAGUAGCAACAAUGUUGAAAGGAGAAAUUUCUCAAAUCAUGGUCAAACGUGAGUAUGGAUUUAUGAAUGAUCAUGUGGACAGGAUUGGGAUCAAUGUUCCUGCCUAUUCAACUUUAGUUUAUGAAGUGGAGUUGGUAGACUUCACAAAGGAAAAAGAACUAUGGGAAAUGAGUAAUCAUGAAAAGAUUGGAGCUGCGGAGAAUGCAAAACAGAUGGGCAAUGAUUUGUAUAAGAUAGGGAAAUUUUCACGAGCUGCAAAGAAAUAUGAUAAGGCUGUUAGCUAUAUUAAUGAGAAUGGCUCGUUUGAGGAUGGAGAUGAUAAGCUUGUUAGAACCUUGAGAGUAUCCUGCUGGUUAAAUCAUGCAGCUUGCAGUCUCAAACUGAAAGACUUCAAGGAAACAAUUCAGUUAUGUUCAAAGGUACUAGAUAUUGAGUUUUGCAAUUUGAAAGCUUUGUAUAGGCGAGGACAAGCUUAUAUGGCAGCUGGUCAUCUUGAUUUAGCCAAAUUGGAUAUUCAAAAGGCACUUGAGGUUGACCCACAAAAUAGGGAGGUGAAAUCACUAGAACUCUCUCUCAGAAAGGAACAGAGAGAGAGCAGCAAAAGAGAUGCCAAGCUAUAUGCCAAUAUGUUUGAAAGGAUGAGAAAGGAUGCAGAUAAAUCAUUGAAGAGGCUAAAGGUUGAUAAAGCGCAGGAUGAGAAGAGAGAUGCUAAAGGGGUUCAGGUUAUGGACGUGCAGAGCCGUGAAGCGGAUACCUGUUAAAUAAAAUGGUUCAGUGGCAGAGAAACAAGUUUCCUGUACAAUUAUUGAUAACCAAUGUCUGAUGAUCAGAAUGACGUGUUGCAUCGGUACAGAAGAAAGGAAAUAUUGUAUAAAUUUUUGGAAAUUUUACUACUUGAGAUGGGGGUGCUUUAUCUUUUUCCUUUGAGGUGCAUCGCCUCAAGUGUGCGCAACCUGUUGGAUAAUUUCACUGGAAUAGACUGUAAAAUGAUGUACGAAAUCUAUACUAGUGCUAGUUGAACCCCGACUUUCACUUA